AUGAAUUCUUCGAGCCCUACCAUGUUUUGUUUGCUAGUGCUCUUGCUAUCAGCUCCAUGGGCUGCUGAUUCAGGCUCGGUUCUAGAUGAUUUUUACCAGUGUCUAGCGCUGAACUCCGAGCUUUCUGGGCCACUCUCCGCGGCCUUUUACACACCAAACAACUCCUCAUUUUCUUCCAUCCUGCAAUCUUCAGCCCAGAACCUCAGGUACUUGGAGCCUUCUGUGCCAAAGCCAGAGCUGAUCUUCACACCUUCGCUAGAGUCCCAUGUCCAGGCGGCUGUUAUUUGCUCAAAACAGCUUGGGAUUCACAUCAGAGUCCGGAGCGGAGGCCACGACUAUGAAGGCCUCUCUUACGUAUCAGAAGUGGAAUCCUCAUUCAUCAUCAUCGACCUAGCCAAGCUCCGGUCCAUCAGUGUUGACAUAGAAGAUAACAGUGCCUGGGUAGAGGCAGGGGCAACUGUUGGUGAAGUUUACUACAGAAUUGCUGAGAAAAGCAAAACCCAUGGCUUCCCAGGUGGCCUUUGCACCAGCUUAGGCAUUGGCGGACACAUUACAGGAGGGGCAUACGGUUCAAUGAUGAGAAAAUAUGGCCUUGGAGCUGACAAUGUUGUUGAUGCCAGAAUUGUUGAUGCUAGUGGGAGAAUUCUUGAUAGAGAAUCCAUGGGAGAAGACCUAUUCUGGGCCAUCAGAGGAGGGGGAGGAGCAAGCUUUGGAAUCAUUCUGUCCUGGAAACUAAGGCUGGUUCCUGUGCCAGCCAAAGUGACAGUUUUCACAGUUCCAAAGACCUUAGAAGAAGGUGCAACAAAGAUCCUCUAUAAAUGGCAACAAGUUGCAGAUAAGCUUGAUGAAGAUCUCUUCAUUAGAGUCGCCAUACAAGUGGCCGACGGCGCCAAGAAAGGUGAAAGGACUGUUAGGACUUCCUACAAUGCCCUCUUUCUUGGUAAUACUGAUAGGCUUCUCCAAGUUAUGAACAAGGGCUUCCCUGAAUUGGGUUUACAGAGAAACAACUGCACUGAAAUGAGCUGGCUGGAAUCAGUGCUUUACAUUGCUGGGUACCCAAGCAGCGUCCCUCCUGAGGUUCUCCUGCAAGGGAAGUCGUCUUUCAAGAACUAUUUCAAGGCCAAAUCAGAUUUUGUGAAGCAACCAAUUCCUGAAAAUGGCCUCAACGGGCUCUGGAAGAGGCUACUGGAAGAAGACAUUCCAAUGAUGAUAUGGAAUCCUUAUGGGGGAAUGAUGAGCAAGAUUUCAGAAUCUGAAAUCCCUUUCCCUCAUAGAAAAGGUGUACUAUUCAAAAUACAGUACCUAACGAUAUGGGGAGAAGCAGAUAAAGAGUCAGCAGCAAAGCACAUGGAUUGGAUCAGGAAGCUCUACAAUUACAUGGCUACUUAUGUUUCAAAGUUCCCGAGAGAAGCAUAUGUCAAUUACAGGGAUCUUGAUUUGGGUACAAACAAAAAUAACAGCAGCUACAUACAGGCAAGUAUCUGGGGAAGCAAAUACUUCAAGAACAACUUCAACAGAUUGGUAAAAGUGAAGAACAAAGUUGAUCCAGAUAAUUUCUUCAGGCAUGAACAGAGCAUCCCGACUAUUCCAAUACCGACAAAAAAAAGAAGAGGUAGAAAGCACCAUCAUACCUUGUGAAUAUGUGAUGGAGUGAAGCACAAUAUAGUAAGCUUGUUUGGCUUUAUAAAUAUGAAUAGGAAGUGCUCUUCAUCAUGUUCGGCACCAUUGCCAAAAACUUUCUGGACACUAUAAACCAUAACCAUCUCAUUGAGGUUGCUGCUAA